AUGCUGACGCGUCACAUCAGGGAGCACCACGAGAAGAUGCCUUAUGUGUGUGAGUUCUGUGGGAAGGGCUCCUGCUACCCCACAUACCUGCAGGCUCAUGCCGAGAUCCAUGUUGACCUCAAGAGGCCCUUUAAGUGCCCUGAGUGCCCACAGAGGUUCCAGUAUCCCUGUAUGCUGCGCGACCACGGUAAAGUGCACUCUGCGAUCAGGCCAUUCACCUGUGGGCCGUGUGGGGAAAGCUUCAGGACUCACUCGCAGCUGCUGAAGCACAGCCGCACCAAAACUAGGGAGAGGCCGUAUGACUGUGAGCAGUGUGGGAAAAGCUUUGGGACUCGCUGGAACUUGCGUAUGCACAACCAGACCCACAGUGGGGAGAGGCCUUAUGACUGCGAGCUGUGUGGGAAAAGCUUCAGUACUUGCUCAGGCCUGCGUAUUCAUAGCCGCACCCACACCGGGGAGAGGCCGUAUGCUUGCGAGCAGUGUGGAAAAAGCUUCAGAACUAGUUCAAACCUGCAUGUGCACACCCGGACCCACACAGGGGAGAGGCCGUAUGACUGCGAGCAGUGUGGGAAAAGCUUCGGGACUCACUGGGUCCUGCAUAUUCACAAACGGACCCACACAGGGGAGAGGCCGUAUGACUGCAAGCAGUGUGGAAAAAGCUUCGGGACUCGUUCGGACCUACUUAAGCACAGCCGGACCCACAGUGGGGAGAGGCCAUAUGCCUGCAAGCAGUGUGGGAAAAGCUUUAGUACUAGCUCAGGCCUGCAUAUUCAUAGCCGGACCCACAUUGGGGAGAGGCCGUAUGACUGCGAGCAAUGUGGGAAAAGCUUCAGCACUAGAUCAAACCUGCGUAAGCACAGCCGGGCCCACACCAGGGAGAGGCCAUAG